GACGCCAUUCCAAUAUUGUAAAAGUCACUAACCCCUUGUUGUGUCUGCUGUCAAAUUGACGUUUUACGUGUCAUCGGAACGCGGGAAGAUGAGUUACGCCGAUAAACACGAAAUACCGACGAAAGAGGAAUGGAUGCGAAUACUAGAUAACAAGGAAAUAGGCAGGACAAGUAUGAACAAGCUAAUUAUGAAUUAUCUGGUGACAGAGGGGUUUAAAGAAGCCGCUGAAAAAUUUCAACAAGAAUCCGGAGUUUGCCCAUCUGUUGAACUGAAUUCUUUGGAUGAUAGAAUUAGAAUAAGAGAUGCUAUUACGAAUGGAAGGAUACAAGAAGCUACUGCUUUAAUUAAUCAAUUACAUCCUGAAUUAUUGGAUAAUGACCGUUAUUUGUAUUUUCAUUUACAACAAUUACAUUUAAUUGAAUUAAUCCGUAACAACAGAGUAGAAGAAGCAUUAGCUUUCGCUCAGACUCAUUUAAGUGAAGCAGGUGAAGAAGAUCCAUCCGUCCUAUCUGAAUUAGAAAGGACAAUAGCGUUACUUGCCUUUGAGGAUCCAAUGAGUAGUCCUUUCGGCGAUUUAUUACAACCACAACAUAGACAAAAGGUUGCCAGUGAGGUAAAUGCAGCUAUUUUAAAAACGGAACAUCAAGAAUCGACUAUGCCUAAAAUUUCAACGCUUUUAAAAUUGAUUUUAUGGUCCCAAGACAAACUUGAUAAGAAAUCGACAAAGUACCCGAAAAUGACCGAUUUGUCAUCGGCGACAAUAGAAGCGCCUAAAUAACAUACGCUUUUGUACAGCUACUAUUUGAGCCUUUUAAAUAGGCUGCCUUAAUUUGAUUUGAUUUAUUUCAUCUCAUCUUUUUCUCUUCUCAAUUUUGGUUGCAUCGUUUUAGGAUUUAUUUGGCUAAAAAGAAAUAACACAAGUUGAUCAGUUAGGUAUAAGAUAAUAUAAAGAAGUAAGUAAACGGGAUGUGUAUGUCUUGUAUUAUAUGUAAAAGAUUUAAUUAUAUGUCUAUUUCAAUUAGUAAAAAAAUUAAUUGGUU